AAACGCUGGGAACCAUGUGUCUGCAGAAUAAUGCCGCUACUGCUUCCCCCCUGCCCUGCACCAUCACUGCCUGCUCGCAGGCGAGACAGGUACCUCCAGGGGAAGCAUGCCUUUGUGCAACAAGUGGUGAACAGCAACAGCCGGUGGAGGCAUUGCAGAAAGGAGAACAUCCAGACAGGGUCAAGAGAAGCAUGCAAAGCCCAGGAGGAUGGGAGGAGAGCACACCUCCAACCACUCUUGAAGAUUUUUUUGUUAAGGCACACAGGGUAGACAGCCGCUGAAUCACCGAGAUGGCGUGCGACUGCGCUGCAUCCCCACCCUGGCUGUCACCAUCUGUGCUUUACCUUAGAGGGGGAAGUCUCCAAGACCACUCUGUGGUGUGGAGGUGUACAGCAGCUCUUACACCAGUCAGACAUGUCUGAAUGGAGGACAAACUCUUGUAUGCCAUGUCCCAGGUGAGGUCUGGGCAGAGAACCACUGCUGACCCUGAAAUCAAGCACCCUUUUUAGCCUCUCUACACAGCAGUUCAGUAGGUGGCCCAGAGCAGACCCCACUUCAUUCACCAAGGGUGAAAGAUACCCAGAAGCAGCAAAAAACCUCAAGUCGACACCAGCCCUUAUCACAACCAUUGUUUUUCUAAGUUGACACCAGCUAUCAGUACUUUCACUGCUAGGAAGGAAGGGAAGUAAUUUUACUUCCUUUCAUGCAGAAACCCUGCGGCAGCCCUGCCGAGUACCAUGCUGUCUUCCCCACACAACGGUGAGGAUCCUCUUCUCCAGUCAUUCUUAAGAUGGGACGUUUGAAGCUAAAGGAAACUUCAGAUCCCCCUUUAGAGGGCUUCAACAUACUCAGCAGACUCCAGCCCAAUUCUUAGACAUGGGAGGAUGUGGUCCUCUAGCAAGACACUUCAAUUGAACCAGCACAUCAACCACUACCUGCUAACCCUCAUCAACGUGUCGGUACAUGAGCACCGUUUGCCGCAGGGGGAAGUGGAAGGCAGUCACAGAGCACGUUCUCAGUUCCUCUGUCGGAAGAGGCCCCUUCCAACCGUCCUCACCCCAGGAAACAGCUUACUCCACUCCUGGGGCUGGGGACAGCAGGUACCACUUGCUUCUGCCCUAUCUGCUCACUUGGCAGGACAUCUUCAUUCAGAAGCAGCUGUCAUUGAGCAGGCUCCGAUUGCAUUGGGGUAUUUGAUGGAAGUGAACACCUCUAAACGUGAACCAGGAGAUCCUCUCUUGGUGUUUACAGCUAUGGCUAGCACUGUGGUGCUGUGGGGGUCUUGCAGCCUAGGGCAACCUGCAUCCUUUUUCUCAUACCAUUCUCAUCAUCAUGUAACUAAACUAAGCCAGGGGACCUGAUGGGCCUUCAGGCUUUAGGGAUCUUGCAUGGCAGGUGCUCUGUUAAGCAUUCAGGGUGGAGUUGCUUGUGCUACCCCAGGGACCGCUCUUGCCCACACGAAAGGGAAGGAAUGGCCCCACCAGCUUGUCCAACCCUCCCAGAGAUGCAGGAGACAAUCCCACUGUGCUGGCCGCAGACUGCUUCCCCUUGGUCUGCUUGAGAUGGGCCCAAACAAAUAACAAAUAAAUGUUCCAAGGCUGCUAAAAGCUACCUUCUCCCCUGCAUGAACUCAGGGUGAAAGAACUUGCUUUUGCAUAGUGUGAACCAGGAAAGCUUAUGUCCCUCAUCUGUCUGAAGAGUCUUGAUCUCUUGUCAACACAUCUGCUUGUGGAGUUAGCUGGCUGUUCCCUGGAGCAGGCAUCGACCCCAAAAGAGAAUUCCCAAAAGAUUAGGCCAGAUGAGACCUCUUUUCAUCAAGGAUGUUAUACAAUGGACACCUUCAACUCAUAAACAUGGCGAAGUACAACUUUUAAGGGCAUACAACACGAUUCUGGCACACUCACCUCCAUAUUCCUCUGUUCACUUGGAGAAGACAUCUGCAUGGAAAUCAUCACGUGGCUUUGCAAGAAAGGCUUCUCCAGGCACUACUUAAUGUUAACCAAAUGCCAGAACUGCUUUUGUGUGUCAUCUUGGAAAGGGAACACCAGCUGGAAAAAGAAUAAUGGAAAAUUGUACAGACGCAAAUAAUAACUCUGCUUGCGAAGGAAUUCCCUACAAAGACAGCAAGACACUUCUGGUUGCAGUUUACAGCAUCGUUUUUGCCAUAGGCCUUCCAGCAAAUUGCUUAACUUCCCUGCUUACAUUUGUACAAAUCCAAAGGAAUAAAGUAAUUGCCAUCUACAUUUUCAGUUUAUCAUUGUGUGAGCUGAUGUAUUUAAGUACCUUGCCUCUCUGGAUUAUCUACGUGCAAGAUGAGCACCAGUGGAAUAUGGGUGUAAAGGCUUGCAGAAUAACAGGAUUCAUCUUCUUCUGCAACAUAUACAUCAGCAUUCUGCUUUUGUGCUGCAUUUCUGUGGAUCGUUACGUGGCACUGGUGUAUGCUCUGGAAUCAAGGGGGACAAGAGGACAGAAGAAGGCAACCAUAAUAGUGUGUAUUCUCUUCGCUGUGGUUGCAAUAAUCCACACUCCAGUAUUUUACAUGGAAGAUUACUCACAAUACAGUAAUAAGAAAACCUGCUUUGAGACUUUGCCCCUUGACAUAAAAUUGGCUUCUUUCAGCUUUGCUAGAUUCCUAUUUGGAUUUGCCAUACCUUUCACAAUCCUCAUUUUCACAAACUACAAAAUUUUCCAAAGUACAAAAACGAGCAGCAGCUUGACUUGUCGCCAAAAAGCCAAAGUGAAGUACCUGGCUAUCGCCAUUAUUGUCAUUUUCCUGAUCUGUUUUGCUCCCUACCAUGUGGUACUCUUAAUAAGAUCCAUAUACUUUAUGUUUCAUCAAAAUUGCUCAUGUCUAUUUGAAAAAGAUGUAUAUUCAAUUUUUACAGUGUUUCUGUGUUUAGCCACUGCAAACAGCAUUGCCGAUCCAAUCAUCUAUGUGCUGGUUAGUGAAAAUGUCAGAAAAGAUUUUUAUAGGAGUCUGAGAAGAUGGAGACUGAACUCAUCCAGGCUGAAUUCAUCCAUUAAUUACAAGAGUGACAGUAUAAAAUGUAGAAUGUCAAAAGAAUCACCAGAAGGAGGGUUAAGAGAAGAAAAUAAAGAAAGGCCAGCUUCAUCUGACAUUCAAAAGACCUGUAAUAGUGGCAAAGACCAAGAAGAUGGCAGGUAGCAAUCGGCUGCUGACACAAGUAAGGAGUUCCCAACAUCACCUGUGGGCUGCAGACUGCAACACACAAGUACUUACAUGCUGACGUCCAUGGGGGGGUGGGUGCAUGGGCCAGCAACUCCCUGAGGAUGCUACGGGAGCGAUACUUCUUAUUUCUGUUUGUCUCCUACGAUAAAGUUUGCCCACCAGUAUCAUUGGUGAAAAUAUUGCUUUGCUAAGGACAUGUGGAAUAAACUAAGUUAUUUAUAUUGAUUCAAAUUGAAAUCUUAAAAGCUUAUUUUUUGGACUGGCUCUUUUCCUCAUAUGAAUUCAGAAUCAGCUUUAUAAUCAGUGUUAUCUUCUGAGCUGGACCAAAAAAAUCCCUGCUGAAGAGAACAAUGCACAUUCUUAUGGUUGAAAAUUUUUGUUCUUGAGGAGGUACGUGUUCAGAUUCUCAUACACGUACCCUGUUGUUAACAUUUGUGGUUAACCAGUGGAAAAUAUUAAAAAUUAGUGACUCUUUCAACAAGAACCUUGAAAAUGUUCCAAAUACUUCAAUAUGCAGCUUUGUCUACCUUGCACAUUAUGGGGAGAAUUAGAAGGCAAAAGAGUGACCUGGUAACAGAACAACAGUAUUUCUACCAUAUUACUCAAGAUCCUGCACUGCCCUGAAAUUCUUCAAAUGUACAAUUCUAAUGCUUGACAUUUUACAGCUAGUAAAUUUUAUUUGUUUUGCAGUUAAACCUAGAAUGCACUGAAGCAUAUAGAAAACUUACACAUUUCCAGGUGGAGUCAGGAGAUCUUUUCAUGCCGUCUCCAAAUGUUUGUUGAACUUGUGUUUCAGAUCUGACUAAACUAACAGUUUCCUUGUGGUAUUGAUACAACUUUUACUGUGUAGGAGUCUGCACAAGAGCGAGGUGCCUUUCUGGCAAGGAAGGGCUGGUGGCACGGAGAACACAGCCCUUUCUCCCCAUAGAUGGGAACUCCCUCCGACACGCUGGUGGUGCACACAGGAGACGAUGCUGGGGCAGAUUUCCUUGUUGCCGCUGCUGAAUAAACUAUUGAUAGUAGUUUCCUGUGCCUUCAAACCAGAAUUUAAAAAAUAAGAAUGAUAGAAAUCUGGCAAGAUUUAGACAAACAGCUUCUUCAUUUUUUUUUAUGCGAUCAAAGUAAAAUGGACGAAGACCAUGAAGCAAUUGGAUGUUUAUUUGAAUACAAAUGUGUAAAGUGCUUCACAGCAUCAUGCUCCUUAAUCUGUAAUGUUGGAUUUCUGUGAUAUUUUUAAAUUGUUAUUAAUGUUCACAUUUCUGAAUUGAAGUAACAUUAACUAAUGUUAAUGUCAACACAGUACUAGUAUCAAAAUGGCAUUUCAUCAAGUUAUUAUAUCUAUGACAUAUUUAAUUUUUGCAUUAUUUAAUGACUCGCUACCUAUGAAAUGCUUGUGUCCUCCAAAGUAGUUCAUAUUAAUACUGAACUGAAUAGGAGAUUGUUUCUUGGAAAAAUGUGAAAUUCUGUUGUGAUGCUAGUUAACAAAUUGUGGUUUUCUAUUUCCAUACGCAUCCUAGAGAUCAAACUCUCUGAGGUAUUUGUGGCGCACUGAAGCACGGACUCCGAGAGUGGAUCGAAGACACUUUGAAGACACUAUAUUAAAAUCAAGAAAGCCUUUUAUACCUUUACAGCAUGCUGACCUAUCAGCCUGCAACUAUGCUCAGUAAUUUUCCACUCUUAACUCUUUUUUUCUAUUGCAGACACAGCAACUUAGCAACUCCUUUAUCUACAAGGCCACAAGCUCUGCAGACUACUCCGUAUCUUAAAGUUUCUUUUCUUGCUCCCAUGGCUUCCUUCCAACAAGUGUAACUGUGUCUCUCUCCCAAGGUCGGUUUUCACUUACUGACACUGUCAAGCUAGCUCAAGAAAUACCCACAUCUCCCCCUUCUUUAUAUAUAAAAAAGGCUUCUUUCAAUGCUCUAUUAGAGUUUGCACACAUUUUAACAUACACGGAAUACAGAUCAGAAUACAUAUAAAAAUGAGUAAGCAUCCUACACCUAUUUGUAAUAAGCUUUUUACCCAUGCAGUUAAACCUAAUCUACUAAAAAGAUUUCCAAAAAUGUUAAAACCAUCUCUUCAUUGUAGUUUCUGUACUCCUUCUUGCAAGUUUCCAAGACUUUUGUGAAUAUAUUCAAAAUGAUCAGAGAGAUCCAUACAACAAAGUCCAUCAAAAUUCUGACAACCAUGACCUUGCGCUAACUAUUGCAGCUCUAUUUUGUAGCGUAGCAUGUCUUAUUGAAUCCACAUCUAGCAAUAGUCCACUCAGGGCUAACAGCAUUGCAUUAGUUUGUUUUGCAAGCCAACAGCCAAGCUUAUUCAAGGUGGUUAACACUUGUGCUGUUCCUACUCCUGGAGCAAACAUAGAUGCUGCUAUAACGUCACCAGGGCUCCAAAAUUCCAUAUUAUCUUUACAAUCAGUUUUAAAGGCAGGUGUAGCACAUUUGUGGCGGCAUAACUUAUGAGUUAUAAUCAUGGAUGUAUUGGGUGUUAACAAAGUUAACCUUCCAAUGCUACAUGGUCCUCCUUUCACAUGGGAGGGAAUGCCAGGCCACGCACGAUCUCCACAAAUUAGAAAUAAUCCUGUGGGCAGUUUAAGUGGACGUUUGCUAGACAUUGAUAUAUUAGGAGAAGUAUAAUUACACCAAGCGCUAGCAUUUCUAUAUGCAGGUAUGGUAGCAUUUAACCAUUGAAUUGUUUUUAUAUCAUCUUUGCCGGUGUAGUAGAAGUAUAUACCAUAAUCCAUUUUACAGAUCCUAAUAAAUCCAGGUCCUGUGGUUCAAUCCCACCAUAUGCUAAAUAUGGAACCGAACCAUCCCAAUUGUUAACCACAUCACCAAAUCCCUGAAUUAUGAUCUGUUUAUCUGAGGGGAUGGGCCAAUCAUCAACAGGUCGUCCAAUCAGACAGGUUGUAAAAGAAUUUUCUGGAGAAGCAGUUGAUAGACAUAAUGUGUCCUGUCCCGUGCAAUUGACCAAGGUUACCUAGAUGUUGGUUUUGGGUUGAGGUGGGAUCCAUAUUGAUGCAGCUGACAUCAUGGCACAGAUGAUGGCAAUGACUGAGAUAACGAUGGCUUGAUCCAUCGAGCUGGUACCCAUCUUGGGCCAGAACCUGUGGAAACACAAGCAUACCCUCUACCCCAAGGUAUUAACGGAAAAGGACCUUCCCAUUGAUUUCUCUGUAAAUUUUUUACUAUGAGUUGUGCUUUCUCAUUAGAUUUUGAAGCACUGUAUAAGCCAAAAUGGUGUUGUAUAGGAGGUCCAUUCUCCAUCCAAUGGUUUUAAAAAUUCAAAGCAUAAGAAGCUUUGGCUAUAUGCUUUUGUGGGGUUAACCCUAGACUCUCCCUUUUUUGUUUUUGCAACGUAGUUUUAAGAGUGCUACGUGUGCGUUCGAUAACGGCUUGGCCUGUGGAGAAUGUGGAAUGGCUGUAAUAUGCUGAAUUCCCCAUUGUUGAAAAAGUGCCUGUGUCUUAGGUGCUUUAUAGCCAGGGCUAUUCCCUUUUGUUAUAGUUUUUGAACUCCCAGGGUGGCAAAGGCCAUAGUAAAGUGUCUGCAAACAUCUUUUGCUUUUUCACCUGAGUGUACUGAUGCAUAAAUACAAGAUGAAAAAGUGUCAAUAGAGACAUGUACAUAUUUGUACUUGCCAAACUCUGGUAUAUGAGUAACAUCUGUCUGCCAAAUUUCAAGCGACAGAAGACCUCGAGGAUUAGUUCCGAUCGACAGUGCAGGCAAAACUUGUGGACAAUUGGGACACAAUUGUGUAAUUUGCCUCGCUUGGUCCUGAGUCAGUUGAAACGUGUGUUGCAGUGCUUUUGCGUUUUGAUGAUAAAAUUCACGAGAUAAACGAGCCUGUGCAAAACUGUCAGGUAAGAGCUCCCUGGCACCUACCAGCCUGUCUGCUUGUGCGUUCCCCUCACUUAUGGGACCGGGUAGGGAGGUAUGUGAGCGUAUGUGUUACAUAAAAUAUGGAUAUGCCCAUUGAUCCAGGAGCCACUUGAGCUCCCAGAGAAGAGCAAAUAAGGCUUCAUGUGAGACUUCCUUCAACAAGGAGCAUUCUAGCCUAGAAACAAGGCCGGCCACGUAGGCAGAAUUUGUGAUAACACUUAUUGGGGUAGUCCAUAAUUUGAAAACACAGACUACUGCAGAGAGUUCUACUACCUGAGGCAAUCCUGUGACAAUAUGUAUGUUGCUUUUCCAGUUUCCUUCAUCAUCUCUCCAAAUUAUCACUGCUCGGCCUGUUUUGCCAGACCCAUCAGUGAAUACUGUAGGGGCAUCAACUAUUGGUGUGAUAGCUAAUUGUGAAGUAGGUAAAAGAGGAAGAGAGUGCAGGGAUUGUAUAAUUUUGUGUCCUGGGAAAUUAAUACUUACCUGUCCUGUAAAAUCCACUAGAGCACAAUGAAAAACAAAAGAAUGGUGACUUUAAAAAGUGAGCUGUUUUGAAUCAAGAGGCAAAUAGAUAUUAGGUUCAACACCAUCUAAAGUUAAUAAAUGCUCUCCUCCUUUCUUAAUUACCAUAGCUAUCAUUUCAAAAGCUGUGGUAACUGUUUUUCCAAAAUUAUGUGGUAAAAAUAUCCAUUCCAGAAUAAUCAAAGGAUAUAUGUCUUGUGGAACCCACUGUGCUAAGAGACCAUAGGGCUGAAAAGCUGAAUAAAAAAUGAAAAGGCUAA